AUGCCUGUUCGCGAACAGCACCCUCCUAAAAAGCGCAAGGUCGAGCAAUCCUCCAAGCAGUCACACCGAUAUGCGUCCGCCUCGGAGGUCAGACGCGUCUUCAAAGCCCAGAGCGAGAGCGGGCUCAUAGAAGGCCUCACUGCUCUGCGAAAUCAACUCACUAUCCGACCGGACGAGUCAAUCGUCGCCGUCAACGACGAACGCCUAGUCCUUGCGAAGGAGUGGCUGGAAGAGGACCCGGGGGCGCAGGAGUUAUUUGCGAUAUGGGAGAGCACUACUUCGAGACAAACUUCACUACUCGCAGUCGUUGUCGGGCUGCUCUCUGCCGUGGUCACCCUCCUGUCGACCCACUACUCCUACCAUUCAUACGCGCAACCUAUCCUCCGGUCCCUUCUCUCGCAGCAAUGGACGCAGCAGCUGAACAUGUAUGUCUCCGGGCAACACACCGAGCUCGUGUUGGUAUCGCUCAAGCUUUACAACGCGUUGUCGAACUUCGCGGGAGGACGCGAACGGAAGGCGGUUUUAGAUGCGUUUCCUUGGGAGAUGAAGUCCCUCCCAAAACUCCUCCAUAUGCGGCGCCGAACGAAGGAAGGACAUGAUGCGGAUACGCUUGCACGACCUGACAUCAGGACUUUGUACAUCCUCCUCGUUCUGUCGUUCAUCGACACCACUACACCUUCAUCUGUCAAGGCUGUCUUUCUUGAACAACACCGCGAUGCAUUCACGUCAAUGUUCAAGAAUGUCUGGCAAGACUCAUACGCCGUGGUCAGACGCGUCCUGGAGAUCUGCUGGUCGGGGCUUUGGUCGGACCACAAGCUCAAGCGGACGCUGAAGAUCCAAGUGUUCAGCGAGGCCACGCUCUCCCAGCUCACCAAAAUAUACGACCGUAACGUGCCGGAGAAUUCAGAUGCCGAGUCUAUCCCCGCCGAUGUCGUACACCACUUCCUUCUCGCCCUCUGCAGCCGACCAGGUGUUGGACUCUGUUUCCAAGAUCGCGGGUGGUACUCCCGGGAGACCGAGCCUGAAGUUAACGCUGCUGAGGGUUCGCAAGACGGCCCGUUGAAGGGCAGCAAGAUCUACAACAAAAUCCUCGCGAACGUCCUGAAAACCCUCAGAGUGAACGAAGACCCGCGGCAGCAGGAACUCGCGCUCAAGAUCCUCGCGGCGUGCCCGGAACUCGUCGCAGGCUACUGGCCGAGCGCGGGGCUCGCGCUCGAGCCGCGCCUGUCGUCCAAAUGGCUCGCCAACAUCGCGCUCUUCGGCGCCGUCGUCUCCCUCCCCGUGCCCACCGCCUCGUUCUUCCUCGCGGAAAGCGGGAGCAGCAGCACGUCGCUGUACCAGCCGACCCCACCAGCGCUCGGGGCGAUCGUCGACAACAUUCUCCCCACGGCGAACAUUAAGACGCACUUGUCGCGCGGGCUGCAGGCGGCGUCGCCCCUGGUGCAGCACGCGAGCGCGCUCGCGCUCGCGAAGUGCUUGCUCAAGUACGAGCGGGUCGUCCAGGCGUUCCAGGAGGUCGAGCGCGCGCUCGAGGAAGACGAGGAAGACGGACUUUGGGCGCGGCGGAGGCGGGAGGUCGAGCGCGAGGUCAGGAAGAGGGUUCCGGAUUUCCAGGUCAUCGUCGGCUUCUCUCAACGUCAAAACGAUCACCAGCCCGCGACGGACAAGGAGGGUCUGGAGCAGCACAAAGCGACUCUCCCUAACCCGACGAGGACUGCUCUGCUCUCGGAGAGUGCGUACAGACUACUCUGGCUGUAUCAUCGGCUGCUCCCUUCGGUAGUGGCGGAGGCGCGGUUCGAUGCAGGAAAGUUGCUUCAGGCCAUCGAGGAGAUGCUGUCGCAAAGCGCGGUUACAAGCGGGACUGGGGGCUUGGACACCCUUCGGCAACUACAUGUGCUUCGACUCCUCAAGGAGAGUGAGCAUUUCACCUGGUCUGGGAAAUCUGGCUCAAAACACAGCAACUUCCACAUCCUCCUCAAAGCCUACAUAAUCACCCCCACUCCCGCCGUCCGCGCGGUCAUCGUUGCCCUCCUACGCCACAUCCUCGCUCCUGGCGUCCUCUUCCAACACGACCCCGACGAGAUCGCACUGUGGCUCGAGUGUCUCCCCCGCACUCGGCGUGCCCCCGGCGCACAAUCCCCUGACGGCGUUCCCCUCACGGACGAAGGGGAUGCCGUGAUCGCGUUCCUGGACGACUGCGUGCAGCGCUGCGUCAAGACGCCGUACAAGUACGUCGAGGACCUCCAGCAGGCCGCAGGCGCGGGCUCCAUCGGGCUCCGCCCGGACGCGGCGCCGAGCCCCCUGCUCGCGACGGUCGUUGAGCAGCUCGGCGCGAAGCUCGGGGUGCAGCGGCUCGCCCCGGCGGACGCGCUCGCGCUGUUUGCGUUCGCCAGGAAGCUCCUCGUCGCGCUCGCGAGCAAGUGCGCGGAUCUGGGGGUGGUGAGGGCGUAUGCGAGCCGGAUGGCUGGGCUCGUCGAGGGGAAGGGGGUGUUUGCGGAGCACCCGAGCAUCCAGAAGGCGGUUGAGCGUGAGGCGGAGUUGGCUGGGGCGUGGCCGGAACGGAUUUGUUGCGCGGAGGAGUCUGAGGCGGCACCCGUCAGCCCGGCGGUGCAGGAGUUCUUGGUGAGGGUCGCGGAGUUGCCGCAACUCGAUUCUGAGGACGGACGGAAGAUCGCUGCAUAUGAGCUUGUGGACUGGCUGCGGCUCGUCAACCCGAAGUUGCAUCCUUCUGAGCUCGCCCGGCUCGCCCUCGCGGUCGAAAAACUCCAUCCUCCCGCAUUGCAAGAGCUGUUCCAGUAUGUCGACCCUCGGCAAGUGUCUAUAUGGGAUGCGGCGGCCAACGUGGACGACUUCACGCGCAUUGUUCGAUGUAUCAACUUCAACGUACAAAGCGCCCACUGUACGGGCUCCCUCGCGGGGGACGACUCCGUCAGGGUAUCGCUGACAGAAAGCAUCUUUGGCGGGCGGCCUGACGACGUCAGCAUAGCGCGCGCCACGCGUCUCGUAUUGCACAAGCUGGCAUAUUGCGCAACUUCUGGCUCCUCGCGAAAUUGGCUCCGUGUAUUGGCCGACAUCAUGAAAGCUCUUAUCGGCGCGCGUAUUGCCGACGCUUGCCAAGCCAUCGUAUCCUGCUUGGAGUCAGAAGUCUUGAAGGGAUUAUGUUCGCGACCUCAAGACGCGGUCGUCAGAAAAGGUCUCGAUUAUGUUCUAGAGGCAUGUUUCAAGCCCGAGCAUGAAGAUGUCUCUCGACUCUUCUCCGAGGUCACUGGCCAAUGGGUGCUUCUUGUUCGCAGUGGUAUCGAGAAUCUCUCUGAAGAUGAGCGAGAAACGGCACUGCUUUGGUUCAAAUACCUCGGAGCGAAGGAAGCUUCAGCGUUGUUGGACUGUUUUGCAGAUCGCGCUCAACACUCAAGCGCCUCGACCACUCUCGAUUUCACAAGCGAGGUACUCCAUGUUACCGCCGACAGCCUCUUACGGGAAGCGGAUGUGAUCACUGGCGCACUCCCUACUUUCUGUCGCCUGCAAGGCUUCCUGCCACAGUCAGAGGAACUGUGGACGCUAGUGGCCGCGGGAUGUUCCAGCUCUCUCCCCCUCGCCUACGACGGGCACCUCCCUACUCCCUUCUCCGAUGAUCCCAUCUCGUCGGUUGUACCAGGCGCCAGCAAGAGAUGGUCCCUCCGCUUGCAGCCCAUCCCUUCCCUCGACAUCUCUGGCAUCUUAGGAAGCGAUCGCUUAUCCGGGGUGGGCGUUGACAUUGUCACCAACCUGCUCUAUCGUCAAGCUGCCGCCCGCUCCGCCGUCUCCACAUGGCUCGCCUCUCCAGCAUCUUCAUCCUGCAGCACUACCCACCUUGUGAGGAUCAUACAUGCGUACUAUGACUGCGCACACGAGAGGGCGGACGACGCUCUUCCAUCCUCCCACUUAUCUCGCGUCGUCAAGGUCGUUUCCGAAGCCCGACAUCCACACGCCGUCCGUUCGAUGGCUGCGGAAUGCAUCGCAGCGGCGGUUGUGAUGUCUCCGUCGACUCGGGCCAAGUACCUCAAACUUCUCGGGAAGGAGCUGGCAACAGUGGACCCAGAGAAGCUUACGCAGUACAGCCUGUCGGUCGCUCAGAGAUUGAUGGAACAGCUCGGUACGGAGUGUGCUGGUCUCGCGGAGCAGAUGAUCGACCUCGGACUCAAAUGGGCGGUUCGGACUUUGGGAGACAAAGAGUCUGCCUGCACAAACGGGUCGUCGUCCUCGAUGCUAUCGCUCUUGGGCUCGCUGAUUCAGACCAAAGUCGCUGUGAAGGACCAUUUGGCAGAACCGGUGAUCGCUGCCGUCAUCCAAGAUCGCUUCUCUCACCUAGAGGGACUUCGAUUUUCUCGGCUUCUGGUUUUGUCCACUCAUUUCAAGCCAGCUACGGCGAACAAGUUCCUCCAGACGGUCAUCCAGCACUCCAAGUUCUACGAAAACUGUGCAGCAACGACUCGUUCGGCCGUGCCUUCACCCCGCGACGACGUCAUUCGCUUGCUUCAUACACUUUUCCAUCUGCAUCCGUCAAAUGCCUGCCAAACAAGUCAUAUUGAGCCCCUCAAGAGGGUGUAUGGCGGUACACUUGGGGCGACAGAUCUGCGCAUCCUGUCCAUUUUCCAACUCUUCGAAACCACUCGGAAGACGUCAACGGCCUCCUUGUUCGCAAAAUGGUCUCCAUCCGUGGACGGAUCCUCGGAGAACGCUUUUGAGGCCAUCCAAAACCUCGAUCCCAGCCGGGUGCUGAAGACGUGUCUAGAGUUCCCAGACGCGCGGAAGAUGACUGGAGACGAUGAAGCCCCAUUACCAAUGAACGAAGCGUUGUAUGACCCCGUCUUUGUUUUGUUGCUCUUCGCGCAGAUGCUUUCGGAUAGCGCCCCGUCAUCCGCACUGCAAUGGGUCCAGUUCUUCCGCACCAACGUCGCCAGUCUGUUGAUGCGGGCCCUCUCCGCGAAGGACACCUUGAUGCGGGACGUAGCAUGGGCCCAAGUGGCUGCCCUCUAUCGAGCACUUGAGAACGCGGACAUGCAAGAGAAGCCACACGUUCUGCACAUCCUCAAUCUACUUAAGGAUCUCACCUCAUCGACCCCCUCGGCGGACGAAGCCCCCCGACUGCCCGCAUACACCACCCUUCUCCUCGCCCAUGCGUUCCGCGCACUCUUCUACCCCUCUAAUUUCAUCUACCCCCUCACCGCGCGUUUCCUCUUGCAGCGCCCAACCCUCGAUCCGACCGACGUUCCGAUGUUGUACGGCAUGCUCUACAGCGCCUCUGACGACUGGAAGAAGGAGCGGGCGUGGAUCGUGCGCUUCCUUAGCGAUGGCAUCGUCGGCACAGACGAGUGGCGGAUUCUCAAGCGGAGACAUACGUGGGACCUACUUGCGAGCUUGUUCCAGAGCGAGGAACGCGAUCGGACGUUGAGGCGCGGAGUGCUCGAGGUUCUCGCCAACGUGACGUCCCAUGCGCGAGCGGCCGCGUCACUCGUCCUGCGGCAUGCGCUGCUGGCUUGGAUCGAAAUGCAGUUGCAGACGCUGCGGAGCGAAGAGGCGAUCGCGUGGGCGAGGAUCCUCGAGAACGUCCUGGCUGUCGUGGACGCUGUGAAGAUGGAGGCGGCGACCAGUGGCGAGUGGCGUGUCACUACUGGUCGCUGCCUCGAGAUUAUCCUCAACCAUCAAGGGUGUACACGAACGGUCUUUGUUGCAGCGGUUCCUGUGCUGCUGAGGCUCUCGCUCCUCCCCGGCCCUGCACUCUCUCGUCUGCCCUCCCUGCUGCGCGCGUCCGUGCGCCGGCUCUCGGAGAUGGAAACCGACGUCUCAGUUCCGCCACCCGGACACAUCUCGUCGAAAUUCGACCCGACACCCGCGUCGACGUCCGUGCGCGUCCACCGCUCUCACCGCCUUUUCGAAGCCGACGACGCGCCGACGAUCCAAGUCUGGGGCGAGUGCACGGAGGCGCUCUGGCGCGCGUCGAUGGCCUGCGCGUCGAAGACGGGGGAGUGGGACGCGCUGUCGUCCCGGUUGUUGGUGUGGCGGGCGGUGGCAGGGCCGGGAGGGAGCGCGACGGGGGAGUGGGCGAGGCGAGAGGUGGUGGGGAGUCUGCAUCUGGGUUGA